GUAGGCAAAGCGUCCUGGCAACGGGGAAUGGAACUACACAAAUAUUUAGCAAGCCAGUUAUCUCCACAACACAGAACAAUACGUUACCGGUUUUAUAGUCGAAGUUAAAAUAUGUUUUAUGUUUUAUCACUAUAUUUUUUAUAUUCUUAAGUUAUCGUAUGAAGCGGGAUGGCUAUCAAUAACCCAUCUGUGUUUCUGUUGAUGAUAAACGGACAGAUAGAGGGGGCGAAUUUUCCAGAGUAUGACGACCUGUACUGUAAAUACUGCUUCGUCUACGGACACGACUGGGCUCCCACAUCGGGCCUAGAGGAGGGUAUAUCUCAGAUUACGUCUAAAGGCAGAGACUCUCCUCAAAGAAUGAUCUGGAACUUUCCUCUGGAGAUCACGUUCAAGAGCACCAACCCCUUAGGCUGGCCUCAGAUCGUGGUGAGUGUGUAUGGUCCUGAUACGUUUGGUAACGAUGUGGUCAGAGGAUACGGAGCAACACAUAUCCCCUUCACUCCUGGACAACACACCAGAACCAUCCCGAUGUUUGUUCCUGAAUCCACAUCAAGACUACAGAAAUUCACAAGUUGGCUGCUGGGUCGGCGUCCAGAGUUCACUGAUCCUAAAGUGGUGGCCCAGGGAGAGGGCAGAGAAGUGACCAGGGUUCGUUCUCAGGGUUUCGUUUCUCUCUCCUUCAACAUCGUGACUAAAGACAUGAAGAGACUGGGUUAUGACACCACGCCUACCGAGACCGCCCACACACACACUGCUGCCGCCGGCGUCGGACCGGGAGACCAGCCGUACAGCACGUGACGGACACACACACACUGCUGCCGCCGGCGUCGGACCGGGAGACCAGCCGUACAGCACGUGACGGACACACACACACUGCUGCCGCCGGCGUCGGACCGGGAGACCAGCCGUACAGCACGUGACGGACACACACACUGCUGCCGCCGGCGUCGGACCGGGAGACCAGCCGUACAGCACGUGACGGACAC